AUGAUUCCCUUCAGACAGUGUCUUGCCAUAGCGGCCCUGCCGUUGGCUCAUACGGCAUUGGCACUGAACGAUAUAUCCUCUCGGGCUCAGUCCGCGACCGAUCUCUGCGGAGACAAUGAUUACAUCAUUCUCGAGAAUUCACCAUGGAUUGUGUACAAUAUGUUGUACAAUGCCGCUCAGAUGGUUGGCACGCAAUGUACGAAUUACGACGGGAUGACCACCAGCGACAGCGGCACCAAGGAGGUUCUAUGGAGCAGCGUGACAGACAUCGACUACGUCGCGAGCACGAAUAAUGUCCCCAAAGGGUACUCCUUUGUCGGUCUGACCCAGAAUCUUGAGACGAAACUGUCCGCCAUCAGCUCCAUCCCCGCCGUCUACAACUGGACGCGUACCAACACCACUGAGUUCAAGGGAAACAUUUGCUUCGACUUCAUGACCAACGAUGUCAAAGGUGACUCGACUUCAUCUUCGUCGCGUGAGCUCAUGCUAUGGCUGCAGUAUGAAGGCGGCCAACUGCCCAUCGGCUGGACCAAUGGGCCAGCUGCCACUAUUGACAACCUCUUCGGGACCUCGUGGACGCUGUACGAAGAUAUCAAUACCGACACGGGGAUAACAGUCAGCACCCUGAUGCCUACUAAGCAAUUUGAAGGCUCUUUCUCUGGCGAUCUGAAGGACUGGCUGCUCGCUAUGGCCGAUCUGGGAAGGUUUACCGAGUCGACAUAUGUCAACGUCGGCAAUGCUGGGACGGAGUUCUUCUACGGAAAUGCCGUGAUGAACGCGACCCUCGGGUUGCAGAUUAACCUUGCAUGA